GUUUUUUUCUCUCUUUCAUGAAUUCUGUUUUAUGAUACUUUGUUCUUUUUCUUUUCCUUUUCUUCCAUGGACACCUCUGUUUCCAUGUCCAAACGCAAACAGAACUAUAUUGUUUUCCUGAACAUCUCAUUCGUCUUGGCCUCCUCCGCUUUCUUGAUCUUGCAUUUUCACUCCCAAGAAUCUUUUCUUUUCAAAAACACCCUCCAUCUCAAGAACAACAAAAAACAACAAGAAGAAGAAGGUUGUAAAGGAUUACAUAGUUUAAAAACCCACGAAGAGAAGUGCUCGUACCUAAAAUCCAUAAUCGACCCAUGUGUCAACCAAGGCUAUAUCGACUACCUUUCCCUUUACUACUGCAAAUUUGAGAGCUUUCCCUUUCUGGGUUAUUCCCUUCUUUUCCUCUGGCUUUUAGUCUUGUUCUAUCUUCUGGGAAACACAGCUUCUGAGUACUUCUGUUCUUCACUAGAAAGCCUCUCAGAUUUCUUCAAUUUGUCCCCAACAAUUGCUGGUGUUACACUUCUCUCCCUCGGGAAUGGAGCCCCAGAUGUGUUCUCCAGCCUCGUUUCCUUCAUGGGCAGUGGAACGGUUGAGAUUGGGCUCAACACUGUUUUGGGUGGUGCUUCCUUUGUAUCAUGUGUGGUUGUUGGGGUAAUUAGUAUUGUUAUGCACAAAAAAUGUGUUCAAGUCAAUAAGGCUGAUUUUGUUAGGGAUGUGUUUUUCUUGCUCUUGGUUCUUCUUUGCUUGACUGUGAUUUUGGUCCAAAGAGAGAUUGAUUUGUGGGGUGCUAUUACUUUCUUCUCUAUAUAUAUUGUGUAUGUGAUUGUGGUGUAUUUCUUGCAUACGCGUUCAAAGAAUGAUGGGCUUGAUUUGGGGUCUAGUGAUAAUUCCACCAAUGACUUGACAAUUCCAAUCUUGGCCAGUUUGGAAAAGGGUGAGCUUAAUAAUCAUGAAAAUAAUAAUAGUAUUGCGAUUGUGGGUGAUGAAGAAGUGGAGAUUAUCAACAAGAGAAAGGGGUUUGUGAAUUGUGGUGUGGUUCUUUUCAUACUUGAGUUUCCACUUUACUUGCCAAGGAGAUUGACAAUUCCUGUGAUUAGUGAAGACAAGUGGUCUAAGUUUUAUGCUGUGGCUUCUGUGACAUUAGCCCCAAUUCUAUUGGCAAUCCUUGGGAUUCACCAAAUUGAGAGCUACGGUGGAAAAUUGUGGGUGCUGGUGAUAUGUGGAGUUGGGGUGGUAUUAGGGGUGUCGUGUGGCGUCGCAGCCUACAUCGCGACGGAGGGAUCGAGGCCGCCGAAGAAAUUCGUGCUCCCGUGGCUGGCGGCGGGGUUCUUGAUGAGUGUAACUUGGAGCUACAUCACGGCUCAAGAGCUGGUGGGGCUGUUGGUUUCAUUGGCCUACAUAUUUGGUGUGGAUGCUUCUAUAUUGGGGCUGACGGUUUUGGCUUGGGGAAACUCAAUAGGUGACUUGGUGACCAAUUUGACAAUGGCUCUAAAUGGGGCACCGGAGGGCGCACAGAUUGCCUUCUCAGGCUGCUAUGCGGGUCCCAUUUUCAACACAUUGUUUGGUUUGGGUUUGUCACUUAUUGGGUAUUGUUGGUCUAACUACCCUUCAUCUGUGACCAUCCCUGGUGGUGACAAUUCCCUCUUGCAAACAAUGGGGUUCUUAGCCGCAGGGUUAUUUUGGGCACUUUUGGUUUUGCCAAGGAGAGGUAUGAGGCUUGAUGGGGUGUUUGGAGGAGGGCUUUUGGUAAUUUACAUUGUGUCUAUAUCUUUGAGUUUGUUUAAAGCACUUGGAUCUGCCCAACAACUUGAAGAUAAUAAUAUUAUAGAUGCAUACUAGUCAGUCUUAGGAGUUGUAAAUGUAGAUGUUAUAUAUGUAUUUGGUAUAUAAUACUAACAUAUAUGAGGUUUUUCAGAGUUGUUGCAAAUUUUCUUUAGUUUCAUUUGAAAUGUGCUUAUAUUAAUAUAUUGUCAAA